GUCACACAGCUGUUGCGAAAAAAAAGGCGGAAAAUAAACGUUGAAAAGCAUUUGAUUUUCGAGUGAAUGCAGCAAAGUUAAAGUAUUUAAACAUCGCCAUGAACAACACCAAGGUGCCGCCCGAAUGGAAGAGGCGUGUCAAGUCGGAAUACAUCAAAAUCAGACAACAGAAGCGCUACAAACGCGCUGACGAGAUCAAGGAGGCGUGGAUAAAGAACUGGGACGAGCACAACCACAAUGUACAAGAUCUGUACUGCGAGUCGAAAGUUUGGCAGGCUAAACCCUACGAUCCGCCGCAUGUGGACUGCGUGAAGCGAGCGGAGGUAACCAGCUACAAUGGCAUCCCCAGCGGACCCCAAAAGAUUCCCAUCUGCGUGAUCAACGCCGUAACGCCCAUACCCACCAUGUACACGUGGGCCCCAACCCAGCAGAACUUCAUGGUCGAGGAUGAGACGGUGCUGCACAAUAUCCCUUACAUGGGCGACGAGGUUCUCGACAAGGAUGGCAAGUUCAUCGAGGAGUUGAUCAAGAACUACGACGGCAAGGUGCACGGCGACAAGGAUCCCUCGUUCAUGGACGAUGCCAUCUUUGUGGAACUGGUCCACGCCCUCAUGCGUUCCUACAGCAAGGAGUUGGAGGAAGCUACUCCGGGAACGUCCACUUCCGUUAAGGUGGAGACAUCUGUCAAGUCCAAAGAUGGGGAUGAGGUUGGGGAUGUUGAUGUGGAAGGCGAAUCCCCCAAGAAGCUUGAGGAUAAAACCGAAAACAAAGUCGAGGAGCCAGCGCUAGAUAAGAAGGAAAAGGAGGAACCUGAGGCAACUGAAGGUGCUGAUGUCAAACCCGCCGUUGAAGAUGUCAAGGACAAGCUGCCCUUUCCUGCUCCCAUUAUUUUCCAGGCCAUCAGCGCCAAUUUUCCAGACAAGGGCACUGCACAGGAGCUCAAAGAAAAGUACAUCGAGCUCACGGAGCACCAGGAUCCCGAGCGACCCCAGGAGUGUACCCCCAAUAUAGAUGGCAUCAAGGCCGAAAGCGUUUCCCGGGAGAGGACCAUGCACUCCUUCCACACACUCUUCUGCCGAAGAUGCUUCAAAUACGACUGCUUUCUGCACCGUCACCAUGUGCAGGGCUUGCAGGGACAUGCUGGUCCCAAUCUGCAGAAGCGUCGCUAUCCGGAGCUAAAGACCUUUGCCGAUCCCUGCAGCAACUCCUGCUACAUGUUGAUUGAUGGCAUGAAGGAAAAGCUGGCGGCCGAUAGCAAAACGCCACCCAUUGAUUCCUGUAAUGAGGCUAGCUCCGAGGACAGUAAUGACAGCAAUAGUCAGUUUAGCAACAAGGACUUUAGCCACGAGAAUAGCAAGGAUAAUGGUCUGACUGUAAAUAGCGCAGCCGUGGCUGAGAUUAACUCAAUUAUGGCCGGCAUGAUGAACAUAACCAGCACGCAGUGCGUCUGGACUGGCGCUGAUCAAGCUCUUUACCGCGUCUUACACAAAGUUUAUCUGAAAAACUAUUGCGCAAUUGCGCAUAACAUGCUUACAAAGACGUGCCGUCAGGUGUAUGAGUUUGCCCAGAAGGAGGAUGCCGAGUUCAGUUUCGAGGAUCUGCGACAGGACUUCACGCCACCGCGCAAGAAGAAGAAAAAGCAACGCCUGUGGUCGCUGCAUUGCCGAAAGAUUCAGCUGAAAAAGGACUCGUCCUCGAAUCACGUGUACAACUACACUCCCUGCGACCAUCCGGGUCAUCCCUGCGACGCGAACUGCUCGUGCAUUCAGACGCAGAACUUCUGUGAGAAAUUCUGCAACUGCAGCAGCGAUUGCCAGAAUCGUUUCCCCGGCUGUCGCUGCAAGGCUCAGUGCAACACGAAGCAGUGUCCUUGCUACCUGGCGGUGCGCGAGUGCGAUCCUGAUCUUUGCCAGGCCUGCGGAGCCGAUCAGUUCAAGCUGACCAAAAUCACAUGCAAGAAUGUUUGCGUGCAGCGGGGACUGCACAAACACCUGCUCAUGGCUCCCUCUGACAUUGCCGGCUGGGGCAUCUUCCUCAAGGAGGGCGCCCAAAAGAAUGAGUUCAUCUCCGAAUACUGUGGGGAGAUCAUUUCCCAAGACGAGGCCGAUCGCCGUGGCAAAGUCUACGACAAGUACAUGUGUUCGUUCCUCUUCAAUCUGAACAACGAUUUCGUUGUGGAUGCCACCCGAAAGGGCAACAAGAUUCGAUUCGCCAACCAUUCCAUUAAUCCCAACUGCUAUGCCAAGGUAAUGAUGGUCACCGGCGACCAUCGCAUCGGCAUCUUUGCCAAGCGGGCCAUUCAGCCCGGUGAGGAGCUCUUCUUUGACUACAGAUACGGACCCACAGAGCAACUGAAGUUCGUGGGCAUCGAGCGUGAGAUGGAAAUUGUUUAAUAAAGAGUCUACUUAUGAAUAGAUUAUCAUAAAAAGCGAAUAAAA